AUGGAUAGCUUCAAUUAUAUUCAUGGAAAAUAUAAAAAAAAUGGGACGGGAGGCGACAGAAGUAUAAAUCCAUCCUCACAUUCAUCGUCUGGCAAGAAUAUCAUUCUUUGUUUUGAUGGAACAAGAGAAAAUUUUGGACCUCAGCCAUUCACUAAUAUUUUAAAAUUGUACAACCUUCUUGAGAACGGUGAUAGUUCUGAACAAAUUUGUUAUUACCAACCUGGAAUUGGUUCAGUUGGAUUUGACGCUGUUGUUGAUGUCAGAAGACGGUUAACUAUUUCUCACUUACAAAAUUUAUUAGAUUCUAUGUUCGCAUUCAGUUUAGACAAUCACAUAUGUUCUGCAUAUCUUUUUUUGAUGAAGUAUUUUGAACCAGGAGAUAGAAUUUAUAUGUUUGGCUUUUCUAGAGGAGCUUUUAUUGCAAGAGUUCUUGCUGGAAUGAUUGAAAGAGUCGGACUUUUGAGUAAAGGUUUGGAAGAAAUGGUUAAAAUGGCAUGGCAAAUCUAUGAAAAAUGGGAAUACGAUUCGCAGCCUAAUGAAUUACAGUACACAAGUACCUUGGCUGAAGAAUUCAAGAAAACAUUCUCUAGGGAUUACGAGGUAAAGAUACAUUUUCAAGGCUUAUUCGAUUCUGUGAACUCAGUUGGAAUAUUAAGGGACAGGUUGUUUCCUUGCACCCAGAGAAGCAAUAUCGUUGAGCAUGUUCGACAUUGCGUAUCCUUGGAUGAAAGACGUGGAAAAUUCAAGCAGUUAUGUUUCACUCCGAUGCCGUACAUUCCGAAACUAUUUUCAUUGACAUAUUGUAAUCAUAUAACUGACCAGUGUUCGCCGGUGCCAACUUCUAAUGCAUUAAUGCGUGAUCUAACCCCGGAAAAUCCUUUGAUAAAAUACACUUUAAAAAGUGGCGCACAUUCUAUUAGUAAUCCUUCUCCACUCAUUCCUGAUAACCCUGGAAGGUUGUUAUCGAGCAAAAGCGAGGAAACUACAGAGUUGCUGUUGGACCUGAACUCAUUCUUAGAAGGUAAUUCAUACGCGAGAGAUACAGAAUGUUCAACAAGAGGAAUUGAAGCCAUUUUCCAACUUCAAUCUAUCCAAGGCAGCGGUACAUCAAGUAGAAUGACUAUGACACCCGACUUGAUUGAAAAAUGGUUUCCAGGUGAUCAUUCUGACGUUGGUGGAGGUUGGGCGCCUGACUGUGAGACAGAAGAGAACUUGUCAAAUUUAACGCUGCGAUGGAUUUUAGCAGAGGCAAUCAAAUUUGGUGUUAAAUUCAAACCUGGUGCAAUACAUGAUUUCGCUACCAAACACACUUCGAUUGGAUCUUUAUUCGCAGACACACAUGAUUACCUUAGUUUCAACUCACCAAAGAAAUGUUCCCUACUAGGAGUGAGUGAUAAUGAGGAUGGAGCCCGAGAGGAUAAAUCUGGCAGAAAUGAGAGAAUGGAAGAUUGUCUAAAAAAUAUAAAAGAGACUAGAUUGAGCUUGAAAGAUGAAAAAGAAAAAGUGAAGGAUGCUUUUACUCUUAAAUGUGGACAUGCAAAUAAAUUUAUGAGAUUGGUGUGGUGGGUAUUGGAACUGCUCCCCAUUGGAAUACGAAUGGAAAAUAAAGAAGGAAAGUGGCAAAAUUUUCAUACACCUAACCUCGGAAGAUCUCGUUAUGUACCCGAAUAUGUCAGUUUACAUUGGUCAGUCUAUUGGAGAAUUAAGUUUGAUCGUAGGUAUAGACCGGACAAUAUGCCGGAAUAUGUAAGGCAAUUGUUCCAAGAUUUGGAAGGUAUUGAUUUAAAAAGUAAUAAAGUUUCAAAUAAAUAUGAUAAGCAAGAUAAUAGCAACGGGAGUGAAAUCAAUGGGGGCUUUUUUGAUAAUGAGGAAGGGCAGGAACUCCACAUGGGUCAAAAAGCAAGUUAUUUUGCAACGACAUACAAUUCAAGAUUAUUUGACAGUAAAUACUCCCAAUUAAAAAAGAAAUUCAUGGACUGGGAUAGUAAUUCCUGGACAGAUAUUCCAGAUGAUUUAAAAAUAUACCUACAGCAAGAUGAAUCGCUUUAG